AUGUCACAACCAAACUUAAUUCGUGAUCUAACGAACAGCCUGAGGUCCUAUAAGACUCAAUUAGAUUCAGCUAACCAACAAUUAGCGCAUUUAGAAAAGCAAGAAAAAAUUGCACAACUUACAGCUAAGGAAUUGGAUUCAUAUCCUACGGAGGAAGUAUGGAGAUCCUGCGGUAGAACUUUUAUAUUACAGGAUAAAUCAAAAUAUAUGGCAGAUUUAGAACAUGAUGAAGGUAUCAUAAACGAUCAAAAGAAAAACCUAACCAUAAAGCAAAAGUACUUAGAGACGAGUGUGGAGAAAGUCGUGGAUAAUUUGAAGCAAUUUGUGGAGAAGGAGAGUAAUUAG